UUGUUGUUUUUGAAUGUUGUUCAGUGAUUAUAAUAUUUACAUUUUGCCGAAUUGAGUGCAAAGUUGCAAAUUAAUAAACCUCUUUUUAUCUCAAAUAGAUAUUAAAUAAAAAAGCUAUCAUGCAACAAUUGGUCACUGCAAUAAUGUAUACCGACUUUAAAAAAAUCAAUUGAUAAUAAACUGAAAUUGUUUGUCUCAUAAGUGUUAAAGUACUGAAGUCUGCAUUUAUAAUGAGGGUACGGAGGCUGUCGGCGUUUUUCUGGGCAGCAUGUAUUAUAGUUUUUUUAUUAAUUCUCUAUAUUGUUACCGAUUUAACAUUCAAGUUGCCAAGUAUUAAGCCGGCAAUGGUUGAGUUUGAUGAUAAUAAGUGGUCUUCAUUGGAAUCGAAGCUUCGUCAUAUUGAAAAUGAGCUGAAUGAGCACCAUGCUGUAGUGGGAGAGAUAAAAACUGCUAUGGAUCAAAUAGAGCAAUCUGCUGAAAUACAUUCUGUGAAAAAACCGACAAAUAGUUUGAAGCAGCAGAAAGCUAAAGAAUUCAAGGUAGUUGGUGAUGAACCCCCAAAAAUGAUUUUUAAAGUGCAACAAAAUAAUGAACCCCCAAAAAUGAUUUUUAAAGUGCAACAAAAUAUGUCUGAAUGUCCAAUAUAUCAAACAUCAUCUAAAACAGAUGUUCAGAUGUUGUCCAUGUAUGAAAGGAUUAUGUUUGACGACAAAGAUGGUGGAGUAUGGAAACAAGGUUGGGAGAUUGAGUACAAAGACAACCAGUGGAGCAGUAAACACAAACUGAAGGUCUUCAUAGUACCUCACUCUCACAAUGAUCCGGGAUGGUUGAAGACAUUUGAGAACUAUUAUAAAACGCAAACAAAGGCAAUAUUUACUAAUAUGGUUGAAAAACUAUCGGUUGGUAUUGGAAGGAAGUUUAUUUGGGCGGAAAUAAGUUUUCUAUCACUCUGGUGGAAUUUGGAUGCAAGUGAAACUGAGAAGGCAGCAUUUAUACAACUCUUGAAAGCUGGGAAAAUUGAAAUAGUCACAGGGGGUUGGGUAAUGAAUGAUGAGGCCAACUCUCAUUGGUUGUCUGUCAUUCAACAGCUGACAGUAGGCCACCAAUGGUUGAUUGACAACCUUAAAUACAUACCCAAAAACGCCUGGGCUAUCGAUCCCUUCGGCCACUCAAGCAGCCAACCAUAUUUACUGAAGUUAGCCGGAUUUGAGAACUCUUUGAUCCAACGAGUACAUUACAGGGUUAAGAAAGAACUUGCUAUGAAUAGACAGUUGGAGUUUAAGUGGAGGCAGUUGUGGGAUGGUGUCGGCAAGACGGAUAUGUUUACUCACAUGAUGCCUUUCUACUCGUACGACGUACCGCACUCUUGCGGCCCCGAUCCCAAAGUAUGUUGUCAAUUUGACUUCAAAAGGCUGCCAGGAAAUGGUGUCACAUGUCCGUGGGGCAUCGCGCCGAGGAAGGUGGUUCAAAAAAAUGUUGCCGAGAGAGCAUCUGUAAUACUUGACCAGUGGAGGAAAAAGGCACAACUGUAUCGGAGCAACGUGGUUCUGUUUCCGCUAGGCGAUGACUUCCGUUACGACCGCGCCAACGAGUGGGACAACCAGUACUCCAACUACGAGAUGCUUAUCGACUAUAUCAACAACAACGACGCCUGGAACGCUGAGGUUCAAUUUGGAACGCUGAGUGACUACUUUAAAGCGGUCCAUGAGGAGGUGAAACUAUCGGACUUCCCAGUUCUAUCGGGAGAUUUCUUCACGUAUGCUGACAGAAAUCAGCACUACUGGAGCGGUUACUACACUUCCAGACCUUUCUACAAGAAUAUGGAUCGAGUGCUGUUGGCUUAUGUGAGAGCGGCUGAAAUAAUAACAAGCCAAGCGGCUUCGUCGGGCUCCGUGUCGUACAUAAUGUCGCUGCAACUGCGCGACAGUGUCGAUAGUGCGCGGCGAGCCUUAGCGCUCUUCCAGCACCACGACGGAGUCACGGGAACCUCCCGGGACGAAGUCCGCGAAGACUACGCUAAAAAACUGCUGGCAGCAAUAAAGCAAAGCCAAUCAGCAAUCCAAAAGGCGGCUUACUUCCUGCUGAAGCAGCCGGUAAUACAAGAACAGACUCAAGAGGACAUAUAUUUCGACGUGGACGACAUCUGGAGACGCCACGACGAGAUUCCGACGAGGAUCACGAUCGCGCUGGACGAGGUGUCACCGUCCAGACGACUGGUGCUGUACAACGCGCUCGCGUUCAGGAGACAGGAGAUCCUCACGGUGCUGGUGUCGUCGCCUCAUGUUGAAGUGUUCGACCCAGAUGGAGUUCAUAUGAUGGCGCAGAUAUCCCCGGUGGUUGCCGGGGAGAAGCGGCUCGGGUUUGCAGCCAACAAGUUCCAACUGUCGUUCCCCGUUACUGUGGAGCCACUGGCCAUCACCAUCUACACGGUGUCCUUGAGGGACAUUAUGAGUCUCAAUAAAUACACGUCAUUCUCCCACGUGAUGAUUUACAACGCGGACUACUGGAACAUAGACCUGCUGAACGUGUUUAUGGUUGAGCAGCAGACCGCCAGGUUGAGUGAGGACUUCACCGUGCAAGCUGUCAAUGGCACUAAGCUGCUCAUCAACAAGCAUGGCUUGCUGAAGGCCAUCACCUCUGCAGACGGUCGGACCACGCCUGUGCAUAUGGACUUCGUGCAAUACGACACACAGAAGAGUCCGGACAAUAACAGCGGCGCGUACCUGUUCAUCCCCGACGGACCGGCACAGCCCUACAAUCUAGACGCGUACCCCGAGAUCGUCGUCACCGAAGGACCUUUCAAGGCCACGGUCUACGUGGGGCUUAUUGGACCUAAAGCUGCCGAAAUACUUCUUGCUAUAACCGUACAUAACAACCCGUCGCUACCGCAGAGUGAGGUGGAGAUCAGCAGCACGGUGCUGAUAGAUCCUCAGGUGGAUGACCUGGAACUCGCUAUGAGGUUUUCCACGGGAAUCAAGAAUGGAGAUGUCUUCUUCACAGACUCUAACGGCAUGCAGAUGAUCAAGCGGCGAUACUUCGACAAGUUGCCUCUGCAGGCCAACUUCUACCCGCUGUCCGCCGCUGCCUACCUUCAAGAUGACUCCACUCGCUUCACACUGCUCACGUCCACACCACUCGGGGUUGCCGCCCUGCAGCCUGGACAGAUCGAGGUGAUGCAAGACCGUCGAUUGUCCCGCGACGACAACCGUGGUGUGAAUCAAGGUGUUCUAGAUAACGUGCGGACCAGACAUACGUUCAAAGUUAUCGUCGAACACGCACACAAACCCUGCUAUCGCGAGAUAAGCGAGCACGCAAACGGCUUCCUGAGUUUGGGCAGUCACGUGGCGCAGCAAAUGUUGCUGCAGCCAAUAGUGGUGAUGCACUACACGGCCAAUGAGAACUCGCCCAGGACCACCUACUCCCGGUCCUUGUACAGCGCCGCUGACGUCAUCCUGGCUUCGUACCGUUCGCACGUGGCUACCAAAAAUAAAUCGGGUGCAGUAGUCCAUGGAAUGGGCAUGACUUUCCAGCGAGUACAUUUGGACGGCUGCUUCGGUAACAAGGCUAUCAAGAAUUUCUACAAGGUUGGGAACGGGCAGAUCCAGCUAACGGACCUAGUGGACGUCGACCCGGACCGAGUGCUCGACAGUUCGCUGACGUUCGUCCACGUUCGCGACGCGCUGCCGGCCGCAAUGCUCGAGCUGUGUCCCAUGGAGGUGCGCUCUGUGUUUCUGAACCAAACGGUUAAACAACGAUAAACGAAUGUGCCGACGGUACCUCUACAUGUUGAGGGGAGAUGUUAAACUUUCUGUAGAUAAAAAGUGUCCUUCAAAUAGGAUUACAUUGUAGGACCUAUUUUUGUCAAUAAUCAGUGGAGUGACGUAUCUAACUGCCGAGUUAACCGUUCGAUACCGCAUUGUUCAUAAAUCGUGGUACAUGUGAUCAACUCUCCAGUAGUGGCUCCAUGGAAUCCAAUUUGUAUAAUUCGGUAAUAAAUAAUAUCUAAAAUACGAAUAAACUAUAAUUGGAAACUGCACUGAAAUAUUCGGAAUUAACCGUGAUAUCGAAGCUGUAUUAUUAAUAAACACAGUGUAAAGUUGCUCCAAGUUUAAAAUUACUUCUCCCUGUCAUGUAAUUAUGUAGUGACAAAGGUGAGAUAAAGACGAAAAGUUGUUUAUUUUGGAAUAACUUUACUUCGCAUUUAUUAAUAACACCGAUUAGGUAUAAAAUGUUCGCGAGUUAUUAAUACCAGAGAGAAUUUUUUAUCGGGUGUUUUAUUAAUUGCUCUUGGUUCUAAGAGCUAUAAAACAAAGCGCAACGCUUUUGUAGACAAAAUAUAUUAGUAUUUAUUUGGAUUUAGCUGGCGGCGGCCAUUUUUGUUAAUAACAUAUAACACAAUAUUAUUUUGUGAAAUUUUAUUUUGGAAUAAAAAUAUUUUUUUUAAAGAAAUCAUAUCAUAUUCAUUAUCAUAUCAUGAUUUAGUAAAAUAUUCAAAAUUUCUUGUUCAACUCUGAAAGAGCGGCGGUAUCACAGCACGAAUCUAUCAUAAAUCACGUUUUUUUGCUUACAAUGACCAAGCUUGUUUAUCUAGCAACCCGUAACAUAAACCGCAUAAUAAAACCUGGACUAUUGUAAACACAUGUAGAUAUAGUGUCCCGAUUGGCCAGCGGCGGGUUUGGCGCCAAAACAUCUCAGCAGGUGGUUUGUACCCGGAGUUUAUUAACUUGCAGUAUGAUUAUUUUGUAAUGACGUUAUUUUUUUCAUUUGCUGUAAUUAGUUCAUCACAAAUGAACAUAUUUAAUUACCUCGUCUUGUUUAAGCUUUAACUGUUUUUCCAAUUUAUUUGAAAUGCAAGCUCUCUGCACCAACCACACCUCUCCCUUUAUAUACAUCUAUUAUUUAUCUACUAUCAUCACGAAAACUCAUUUUUAAUUACAAAUAAAAAAAUGUUAAUUAUAUUUUACUAACCUAUUUAAGUUUUAAUUUUAGUGUAUCUAGAUUAUAAAUUGUUGAAAAUUACUUUUAUGCAUAGUAGGUACUUUUUUUUGGGUGUCAACUGAUUAUAAGUAUAUAAUAUAAGUUACCAUCAUAGCGAAACGGUGAGUCAAGGCUCAGUCGGACCUCUCUGUAGUCCUAUAUGGACAUAGGCUGGCUUAGUGUGCAUUUAUUUUAUUUUCUACUUUUUUUUUACAAGAAUUUAAAACAAGAUGUUUUUCAUUCAUCUUCUUCUUCAUAACACUCUUGGCAGAACGGUCGUGGUCAUCACGAUGUGACAUCUUUUGGGGCAGAUGUGAUUCGCCUCACGAGCAUUCGCCACUUUUCCCUGCUGUUCUACCGUCUCAUACACUCGUUCAAUGGACCGCCCACAGCAGGCUAAAAAUAAAUAUUAAGAAUAAAUAUGAGCGCGUGUUGUAAACAGACUGGGUCGUUAUGUAUCGCUCCGAGUGAAUAAAGUCAAAUUCCUAAUUAAAUACUAUUAAAUCCGUUUUAAUAGUAUCCAAUAGAGCACCACCCAUCUACUUCAUUUAAUCGAUUUCAGCUGGAAGACGUCCACUGCUGGACAAAGGUCUCCCCCAAAGAUCGACAUGACGGUCGGUCCUGCACUGCCCUCAUCCAACGUAUUCCGGCGAUAUUGACCAGAUCGUCGGUCCAUCUUGUGGGGGGCCUACCAACACUACGUCUUCCGGUACAUGGUCGCCUUUCGAGGACUUUACUGCCACAACUGCCCUGUGCGCCCUGCACAUUGCCACUUCAGUUUUGCAACCAUCUGAGCUUUGUCGGUAACUUUGGUUUUACUACGGAUCUCCUCAUUUCUGAUGCGAUCUCGCAGUGAUACUCUGAGCAUAGCCCUCUCCAUUGUCCUCUGAGUGACCAUGAGCUUACUCCUUAUUUAUUACUAUUACAAAAAACUUUGCAUCUAUAUUAUAUUUCACUUCAGGUUGUAAUUAUUACCUCCUGUAUUAAUUGUUGUAUGUACCUAUAUAUAAAAAAGCGUGGGGUGUAGAAGAAUUAUUAUUUUAAUAAUAUCUAAAAAAGCACCCCACGCUUUUUUUACAAUAAAAUAUAUUUAUUUUCACUAUUUUCAAUUUAAAUUUAUUUUCUAUUUUUUAGUUGAAUAUUAUAUAAAGCGUGCUUUUUACAUUUUUUUUUAAAUAUUAUUUAUUUUUCAUUUUUAGUCAAAUUAGUGUAAUGUCAUCGGUCCUCGAUAAAUCUACAAAGUUUGAACGAAAUCUAGCCGUUUAAAGUGGGUCAAAAUCGCGCCCAAAGAAGUCGGUUACAAACAUACAAACAUACAGGUGAAGCUAAUAUAAAGCAUAUAAAAACUACAAUAUGCAUGGAAUUAAUGAUAUCUUAUAUAAUUUAUACGUCUAGAUAGACUUUGACAGCUGUGAUCACGUCGAAAAUAAUAGCGGCGAACUGUUAACCUCUCGCCCACUUAAACACUAACAAAUCGCGAGUGUAAGACAUCACACUAACGGCCGUUCCUAAUAUUCAGUCUAUUUCCGCUUGUGGCCUACUUGAGAUAAAAAUCGUAACUAUCGUUGACUUUUCUGUCCUAAUAAACAUAUCGAAGGUAUCUCACCUUAUCCGUACGGGCUGUUGGCAAUGGGACGACGUAUAGCUUACCAGCGAUAGAAACUGUAUGAAAAUUGUAAGUCACGCGUCCCAAUAUAAGGCGAAAAGAAUGACUUAUCGGGUAUAUUGGGACAGCUUCAGAUUAUUGACAGCUAAUUAAUUGCUGAAAGUAGAAGGUAAUAAUGUAUCUCUAUCUGUAGAUAGUAUAUUGGGAACGGCCGUAAAGUAAUAAACCCUUAAAAGAGGCGCUGUCUAGACGUAUGAGUUAUCUAAGAAUAAAAUAUAUAAUUCCAUAGACAAUAUAGCAUAAUAAAUAACAAGUAACAAAAACUCAUAUUAAUAUCUAUUAUAUAUUAAAGUUUUAUUUUAUUAUAUUUCACAGUUUUUCUGUAUACAUAAUAAUAAAAUUAUUUGAUCUCGGAUAGUCAUUAUACUAAGUAAUAAUAAUUUUGAAUAUGAUAUUUAUGUGUAGAAUGGUUGUAAACUACGGCACCUACUAUAUGUUGUGAUUGUGUUAUUAUUGUAAAUAUAUUAAUGUACAAUAAAAUAUAUUUAAUAAGAA